CAAACGGAGCAAGCGCGUUUCAAGAAAUCAGCUUGACAGUCUGUGAGCCGGAGUCCGGACUGGGCUGGGGAAGAUCGUCAUUUCUGAGCUUGGUGACUUUCGCUAGAACGUGGAAGAGAUGGUCCUGUCUUCGGGACUGACAUAACGGUUAAAGGGUGACAGUGAACAUGGCCCCAAAUUCCAUCCACUGGUUCAGGAAGGGCCUCCGUCUCCAUGACAAUCCUGCACUUCAGGAGGCAGUGCGUGGGGCAGACACAGUUCGAUGUGUCUACUUCCUCGAUCCCUGGUUCGCUGGGUCAUCCAACCUUGGGGUCAACAGGUGGAGAUUUCUCCUGCAGUGCCUGGAUGAUCUUGAUUCCAAUCUACGAAAACUGAAUUCCCGCCUUUUUGUCAUCCGAGGACAACCAGCUAAUGUUUUUCCACGCCUUUUCAAGGAGUGGAAAAUAUCUAGGUUGACCUUCGAGUAUGACUCUGAACCAUUUGGGAAGGAAAGGGAUGCAGCUAUUAAGAAGCUUGCUAUGGAGGCUGGAGUUGAAGUCAUCGUCAAGAUCUCACACACCCUUUAUAACCUUGAUAAGAUCAUUGAACUGAACGGUGGUCAGCCUCCCCUCACUUACAAACGUUUCCAGACUCUGAUCAGCCGAAUGGACCCACCGGAGAUGCCAGUGGAAACCCUCUCCAAUACCAUCAUGGGCAGCUGUGUCACACCUGUCUCCGAAGACCAUGGGGACAAAUAUGGUGUGCCCUCCCUGGAGGAACUAGGAUUUGACACUGAGGGACUGCCUUCUGCUGUUUGGCCAGGAGGUGAAACUGAGGCAUUAACAAGGAUUGAGAGGCAUCUGGAGAGAAAGGCUUGGGUUGCAAAUUUUGAAAGACCCAGAAUGAAUGCCAACUCUUUGCUGGCCAGUCCGACUGGCCUUAGUCCCUACCUCCGUUUCGGCUGCCUCUCCUGCCGCCUCUUCUAUUUUAAACUCACAGACCUCUACAGGAAGGUAAAGAAAAACAGCACUCCUCCCCUCUCCCUCUAUGGUCAGCUGCUGUGGAGGGAGUUUUUCUACACUGCUGCUACCACCAACCCACGCUUUGACAAGAUGGAAAGCAACCCAAUCUGUGUGCGUAUCCCCUGGGACAAGAACCCAGAUGCCUUGGCCAAGUGGGCUGAAGCUAAGACUGGUUUUCCUUGGAUCGAUGCCAUUAUGACUCAGCUGAGGCAGGAGGGCUGGAUCCACCACCUGGCCCGUCAUGCUGUGGCUUGUUUCCUCACCCGAGGAGACCUGUGGAUCAGCUGGGAAGAGGGCAUGAAGGUGUUUGAAGAGCUUCUAUUGGAUGCUGACUGGAGUGUGAACGCGGGCAGCUGGAUGUGGCUCUCCUGUAGCUCUUUCUUUCAGCAGUUCUUUCAUUGCUACUGUCCAGUGGGUUUCGGCAGGCGCACUGACCCUAACGGCGAUUUCAUUAGACGAUAUUUACCUGUUCUCCGAGGUUUCCCUGCCAAGUAUAUCUACGACCCGUGGAACGCCCCAGACUCUGUGCAGGCUGCUGCCAAGUGCAUCAUUGGAGUCCACUACCCCAAACCCAUGGUGAACCAUGCCGAAACUAGCCGUCUCAACAUCGAGAGGAUGAAGCAGAUCUACCAGCAGCUUUCACGCUACAGAGGACUUGGACUUCUUGCCUCUGUACCGUCCACAAGCAAUGGGAACGGGAAUGGAAUGGCAUACUCCCCAGGGGAACAGCAGUCCGGCAACAACACACCAGCACCAGCCGUAUUGGGCAGUUCUGUUGCUAGUAGUAACAGGAGUGGAAGUAUCCUGCUGAAAUUUGACAGUGAAGAGCAUCAGGGACCAAGUGGAAUUCAGCAACAACAACAACAGCAUCAACUAGGUUACCACAACACACCUGACUUGGGGCACAUCAUUGCAAGAAACAAUCGACUUUACCAAUGUAAUAUGUCACAUGACAUGGCAGGCCCCAAACAUUCAGGACACCUGCUGCACACAGGAGGAACUGUGACGGGCAAGAGGGAAAGAGAGACAGAUCGAGAUAUUGAAGGUGAGGAUAACGCCCUCUCCACUUCUUACAAGCUACAGCGACACAGUGCAGAGGUCACUUCAGAUCAUGCUACCAGUGGGAACCUGUCAAGUAUGAAGAGUUAGAUGGACAUAUCAUCAUACUGAGCAGAACAGAUGAAAAACAAGGCACUGUUUGAGAGGGGGCUGACCCUUUUUGAGUUUAACAUCAGUUUCCUUUAACAACUUUCUCAUCUUUGAAAAAAAUAAAAAUUGUGAAUUUGG